CCCGGGAGCUCCAGGGGCGGGGCCGGGGCAGCAGCGAGCCCACCCCCGGGCCAUGCCUCCUCCCCAGCUCAACUCUCGCAGUCAGAGCCAGGCAGCUGGCGGAGCGGAUCGCCAGGUCAGCCAUGUCAUCUGAGCCUCCCCCACCACCGCAGCCCCCCACCCACCAGGCUUCGGUUGGGCUACUGGACACCCCGCGGGGCCGGGAGCGCUCGCCAUCCCCUCUUCGUGGCAAUGUGGUCCCCAGCCCUCUGCCCACUCGCCGGACAAGGACCUUCUCUGCGACGGUGCGGGCUUCCCAGGGCCCUGUCUACAAAGGAGUCUGCAAAUGCUUCUGUCGAUCCAAGGGCCAUGGCUUCAUCACCCCAGCGGACGGCGGCCCUGACAUCUUCCUGCACAUCUCAGACGUGGAAGGAGAGUACGUCCCAGUGGAAGGCGACGAGGUCACCUAUAAGAUGUGCUCUAUCCCGCCCAAGAACGAGAAGCUGCAGGCUGUGGAAGUGGUCAUCACCCACCUGGCGCCGGGCACCAAGCACGAGACCUGGUCUGGGCAUGUCGUCAGCUCCUAGGAGACCCCGAGCACCCGUUCUCCCAGGCUUGCGGGAGACUGUUGGGGAGGAGGAGGAGACCAAGUGGAGAUGGCGUUGUACAUACAGCGAGAUGCAGCCUCAGAGCGGCACAGUCCCUUUCAAGUUAUCUCUGGUGGAAGGGGCGUGGGGGCCGGGGCCAGGGAUGGGGGUGGUCGCAGCCACCAGUACAACCUCUGACCAUCACAACAACCUCUCACCAUCUGAAAAACAUUAAAGGCAUUUAAAAAAGA